AGGCUGGGAAGGCUAUUGUGACUGGUGAUUAGCUCUUUUACUACUGAGUUUCUCACUGGAAUCAUGGAGGAGAAACAGCAGAUUAUAUUGGCUAAUCAGGAUGGUGGGACAGUGGCAGGAGCAGCACCUACCUUCUUUGUCAUCCUAAAGCAGCCAGGAAAUGGCAAAACUGAUCAGGGAAUUUUGGUUACUAAUCGGGAUGCCUGUGCUUUGGCUGGCAGUGUGUCAUCACCAGAAAAAUCUAAAGGAAAAAUUUGCCUUCCAGCUGAUUGUACUGUGGGAGGAAUCACAGUUACUCUGGAUAACAAUAGUAUGUGGAACGAGUUCUAUCAUCGAAGCACAGAGAUGAUUCUGACCAAGCAGGGAAGGCGCAUGUUUCCUUACUGUCGUUAUUGGAUAACAGGUUUAGAUUCAAAUUUGAAGUACAUCCUUGUUAUGGAUAUAUCUCCUGUGGACAACCAUCGUUACAAAUGGAAUGGUCGUUGGUGGGAACCCAGUGGGAAGGCUGAGCCCCAUGUUUUGGGGAGGGUUUUUAUUCAUCCAGAAUCUCCUUCCACAGGUCAUUAUUGGAUGCAUCAACCGGUAUCUUUCUAUAAACUCAAACUUACCAACAAUACACUGGACCAAGAAGGGCACAUCAUCUUGCACUCUAUGCAUCGCUACCUGCCAAGACUUCAUUUGGUACCUGCAGAAAAGGCUACUGAAGUGAUACAAUUGAAUGGUCCCGGUGUCCACACUUUUACCUUUCCACAAACUGAAUUCUUUGCAGUGACAGCUUACCAGAAUAUUCAGAUUACCCAGCUGAAAAUAGAUUACAAUCCAUUUGCCAAAGGCUUCCGGGAUGAUGGAUUGAAUAGUAAGCCCCAGAGAGAUGGAAAGCAAAAGAAUAGUUCUGACCAAGAAGGGAAUAGUGUUCCCAGUUCUCCUGGUCAUCGGAGUCGUCUUACAGAAGGUGAGGGGUCAGAGAUACCGCCAAGUGAUCUGGAUCCUAUAUUGAUGAGAAGUCAUGAAACAUCAGGCAGCGAUUUGGAAAAACCAUCCCUUAAUAUAAAACAAGAUUUUCUUGGUCUUAUGGAUACUGAUUCAGCACUUGGUGAAGUCUCUCAGUUGAAACAAGAGGGUUCUGAAAGUCUUGUUGCCAACAAUUUUGAAGACAGCUCCCAUGUAGCCUCACCACUAGACCCAAGUGGACCCAUCAAUGUUGUCAUUAAAGAGGAACCUCUAGAUGAUUAUGACUAUGAACUUGGUGAGUGCCCAGAAGGUGUUACUGUCAAACAGGAAGAGACAGAUGAGGAAACGGAUGUAUACUCAAACAGUGAUGAUGAUCCCAUACUAGAGAAACAGCUAAAGAGGCACAGUAAAGUUGAUAACGUAGAAGCUGACCAUCCGUCUUCUAAAUGGCUACCAAGCAGCCCAUCAGGUGUUGCUAAAGCUAAAAUGUUCAAAUUAGACACUGGAAAGAUGCCAGUAGUCUACCUGGAGCCUUGUGCUGUCACAAAAAGCACAGUGAAGAUUUCUGAGCUGCCUGAUAACAUGCUUUCCACAUCUCGGAAGGAUAAGUCUUCCGUGUUGGCAGAAUUAGACUAUUUCCCUACAUACAUUGAAAAUUCCAUUGAGACUGGUUUCUGCUUAGGCAAGGAAUCAGAAAAUGGUCUUAGAAAGUAUUCACCGGAUUUCAGAGUGAUAGAAAAAUACCCCUUAUUUAAAGAGCCUCAGUGGAAAUACCCUGAUAUAUCUGACAGCAUUAGCACGGAAGGAACAUAUGAUAAUAGUUCAAAGAGUUCAUCUGCGGAUUCAUUUUCAGGAAAAGAGGACUUGGGCAGAAAGAGAACAACAUUGAUUAAGAUUGCAACAGCCCCAAAGGCUGUGAAUGUUAGUCAGAAUACCUCUCCAAAUAUCUCUGGGAAGAGAGGGAGGCCACGGAAAUUGAAACUCUCUAAGGCAGGGCGACCACCUAAAAACACUGGGAAGUCUUUAACUUCUACAAAGAAUACUCCUGUGGGCCAUGGAAGUACCUUUCCAGAUGUGAAGCCUGAUCUGGAAGAUGUGGAUGGUGUUCUGUUUGUUUCUUUUGACUCGAAGGAAGCUCUGGACAUUCAUGCAGUUGAUGGGACAACAGAAGAACCCUCUAGUCUUCAGGCAUCAACCACAAAUGAUUCAGGUUGCAGAGCAAGAAUUUCCCAGUUGGAAAAGGAUUUGAUAGAAGAUUUGAAGUCUUUGCGUCAUAAGCAGGUGAUACAUCCUGGUCUUCAAGAAGUGGGUUUAAAGUUGAAUUCAGUGGAUCCAACAGUGAGCAUUGAUCUUAAAUACUUGGGAGUACAGCUACCUUUGGCUCCAGCUACUAGCUUUCCUUUCUGGAACCUUACAGGAACCAACCCUGCCUCUCCUGAUGCUGGAUUUCCCUUUGUUUCUAGGACAGGGAAGACCAAUGACUUCACCAAAAUCAAAGGAUGGAGGGGGAAGUUUCAUAGUGCUUCUGCAUCUAGGAACGAAGGGGGCAAUUCAGAAAGUUCACUGAAAAACCGUUCUGCUUUCUGUAGUGACAAGCUAGAUGAAUACUUGGAAAAUGAAGGCAAGCUGAUGGAAACAAGCAUGGGUUUCUCUUCUAAUGCUCCCACAUCUCCUGUGGUAUAUCAGCUUCCCACCAAGAGUACCAGCUAUGUACGAACACUUGAUAGUGUACUGAAGAAGCAAUCUACCAUUUCCCCUUCUACCUCUUUCUCUUUGAAACCUCAUUCUAUACCCCCUCCCUCUCGAAAGGUGAAGUCUCAAAACAAACAGGCAAAUUUUAGUGGCCGAACUAAAUCAUCUUAUAAAUCCAUCUUACCAUAUCCUGUUUCACCAAAGCAGAAACACUCCCAUAUGAUUCCAGCAGAUAGGGUUACCAAGACUUCCGCCAGCUCCAUUUUAGAAAACCAAGUGAAUAACUUUGUUGUGUCAACUUCAGAGGAGAAUGCUUUUCCGAAGCAGAUUAGUCUGCGGCAGGCACAUCAGCAGCAGCAGCAACAGUUCCAAGGAACUCGCCCUCCAGGCUUGUCUAAAUCUCAGGUGAAGCUAAUGGACCUGGAGGACUGUGCACUUUGGGAGGGAAAACCAAGGACUUACAUUACUGAAGAGCGAGCAGAUGUGUCCUUAACAACUCUGCUUACAGCUCAAGCAUCUCUCAAAACCAAACCUAUCCAUACAAUCAUAAGGAAACGCGCUCCUCCAUGCAACAAUGAUUUUUGUCGACUGGGUUGCGUAUGUUCCAGCCUAGCUUUGGAGAAACGCCAGCCUGCUCACUGCCGCAGACCAGACUGCAUGUUUGGCUGCACUUGUUUGAAAAGAAAAGUUGUGCUUGUUAAAGGGGGAUCAAAGACUAAGCAUUUGCAGAGGAAAGCUGCUCAUCGAGAUCCAGUAUUUUACGAUACUAUGGGAGAGGAGCCAAGAGAAGAAGGAGAGGAGGGAGUCAGGGAGGAAGAGGAACUAUUAAAAGAGAAAAAGAAGAGAAAGAAACUGGAAUAUACUAUAUGUGAAACAGAGCCUGAACAGCCCAUUCGACAGUACCCACUAUGGGUGAAAGUAGAAGGUGAAGUAGAUCCAGAGCCAGUUUAUAUUCCAACUCCCUCUGUCAUUGAGCCUAUGAAACCGUUGUUGUUGCCACAGCCAGAAGUUUUAUCUACUGUGAAGGGCAAACUGCUCACUGGAAUUAAACCUGCAAAGCCAUAUACUCCCAAACCCAAUCCUGUGAUUCGGGAAGAGGACAAGGAUCCAGUCUACUUGUACUUUGAAAGUAUGAUGACUUGUGCCCGAGUUCGAGUGUAUGAACGAAAAAAAGAAGAGCGGAGACAGCCUUCCCCAUCAUUUCAGCAGCAGAGCUCAUGCCAUUCUAGUUCUGAGGACUGUAGUACAAAAGAACCUGAUUCUGAACAACAGCCCUUGAAGCAAGUCACCUGUGACUUGGAGAAUGAUCCUGAUAAAUCACAAGAAAAGAGCUGGAAGUCUUCCUGCAAUGAAGGGGAAUCCUCUUCUACUUCCUACGUGCAUCAGAGGUCACCUGGUGGUCCCACCAAACUGAUAGAGAUCAUCUCAGACUGCAACUGGGAGGAGGAUCGGAACAAGAUUUUGAGCAUCUUAUCGCAGCACAUCAAUAGCAACAUGCCACAAUCACUUAAGGUGGGCAGCUUCAUCAUUGAAUUGGCUUCUCAGCGAAAGAGCCGGGGUGAGAAGAACCCUCCUGUUUAUUCUUCUCGUGUGAAAAUCUCUAUGCCAUCAUGUCAAGACCAAGAUGAUAUGGCUGAGAAAUCUGAAUCAGAGACUCCUGAUGGUCCAUUAUCCCCUGGGAAAAUGGAUGAUCUCACUUCUGUGCAGACAGAUGCCUUGGAUUCAGUGAGGGAAAGAUUGCAUGGAGGCAAAGGUCUGCCUUUUUAUGCAGGGCUUUCUCCUGCAGGGAAGCUUGUGGCCUAUAAACGUAAACCCAGUUCAAGCACAUCUGGGCUUAUCCAGGUAGCAUCCAAUGCCAACGUGGCUGCAUCCAGGAAACCACGUACCCUGUUGCCUUCAACAUCCAAUUCCAAAACGACAUCCUCCUCCAGCACUACAUCAAAUCGCCCUGGGAAGAAUCUGAAGGCAUUUGUCCCAGCAAAAAGGCCCAUUGCGGCUCGACCCUCUCCUGGUGGUGUGUUCACACAGUUUGUGAUGAGUAAAGUUGGAGCCCUGCAGCAGAAGAUACCUGGAGUUAGCACACCCCAACCCCUGACAGGGCCACAGAAGUUCAGUAUCAGACCUUCUCCAGUAAUGGUCGUCACACCUGUGGUUUCUUCUGAGCCAGUUCAGGUGUGCAGCCCUGUGGCUGCUGCUGUCACUACUACCACCCCUCAAAUGUUUUUAGAAAAUGUUACUUCUGUGACACCUAUGACUGCUAUAUCUGACAUGGGAACUAAAGAAACUCCUCAUUCUUCUGGUGCCACCACUGCAGGGGCUGUUGAGGUCUCUGAAACUAAUACCAGCACCCCUGUAAUACCUACCCAAUCCACAGCCACUGUGGACCUUACCAAAACUACUGGGAUAACUACCCCUGUGGCUUCAAUUGCUUUUCCUAAAUCUUUGGUAGCAUCUUCUCCAACCAUAACUCUUCCUGUUGCUUCCACUGCCUCCACCUCCAUAGUCGUGGUGACAACAGCUGCAUCUUCCUCCAUGGUGACCACACCAACUUCAUCUCUGGGCUCUGUUCCUAUUAUACUCUCGGGAAUUAAUGGGAGUCCACCAGUGAGCCAGAGACCAGAAAAUGCCCCUCCGAUUCCAGUGGCUACUCCACAGGUCUCUCCUAACACAGUGAAACGUACUGGACCUCGACUGUUGUUGAUUCCAGUGCAGCAGGGCUCGCCUACUCUCAGACCUGUCCCGAACACACAACCUCAGGGACAUCGGAUGGUCUUGCAGCCUGUUAAGAGCCCAAGUGGAAUGAACCUGUUCAGGCAUCCUAAUGGUCAAAUUGUCCAACUCCUCCCUUUGCAUCAGUUUCGAGGCUCUAAUACCCAGCCCAACUUACAGCCUGUCAUGUUUCGGAAUCCAGGGUCUGUGAUGGGAAUCCGAUUACCUGCUCCUUCUAAACCUUCUGAGACGCCACCAUCUUCUGCUUCAUCCUCUGCUUUUUCUGUCGUUAACCCUGUAAUUCAGGCUGUUGGGUCUUCUCCGGCAGUGAAUGUCAUCACUCAGGCACCGUCAUUGCUUUCCUCUGGAUCUAAUUUUGUGUCUCAGGCUGGUACUUUGACCCUGAGGAUUUCUCCUCCUGAACCACAAAGCUUUGCAAAUAAAACAGGCUCUGAAACCAAAAUAACCUAUAGCUCAGGAGGGCAGCCUAUUGGUACAGCCAGUCUUAUUCCUCUCCAGUCUGGUAGUUUUGCCUUGUUGCAGCUCCCAGGACAAAAGCCUGUUCCCAGCUCCAUUCUUCAACAUGUUGCUUCACUGCAGAUGAAGAGGGAAUCCCAGAAUACAGAUCAUAAAAAUGAACCAUGCUCUUUAAGAGAACAGGAAACUAAGAAGACUGUGAUAUCAGAAGGAGAUGCCAUAGACCCUGAGGCUAAUAAUAAUAAAAUCAACCAAAACUCAGAAACUCCUGCUUCAGAAGAAACCCUAAAUGAUUCAUUGGAAGACAGGGGUGAUAAUUUUGAUGAUGAAUCUGUUACAGAAGAUCCUACAACUGCCACACCUUCCAAACAUUCCUGUAUUAUUGGGUCACACCCAGAGGACUAUAAAGAUGUAAGUGAAGAGUGUGGGCCUAGGAGUCAUAAUAGUUCCAAAGAAAAACGGACUGUUCUAGAAGUUAAGACCAUUUCUGGAAAAGCCAGUAAUAAGAUAGUCCAAAGUGAAAGUAAUAUACAGUUUAAAAAACUUGGUGAUAUGAAAGUGGAACAGCAGAACAUACUAGACAAUCUAGAGGAAAAAUCAAGUGAAUUUCCAGUUAUCUCUAAGGAAGAAUGUAAACUUGAGUUAUCAGGGAGCAAAGUUGUGGCACAGCAGUUUAAUCCACAGCCAGAGGCCAAGGACAAGGGAUGUGGAAACUCUGUGGUAAAGGACAAUACUAGAGAGAAAUGGAGGAAACACCUGAAAGGCCCUUUGACCCGGAAGUGUGUUGGAACUUCCCAAGAGUGUAAGAAAGAGGUAGAUGACCAGUUAAUUAAAGAAAUAAAAACGUGUCAGGAAAAUUCAAAUGUGUUUCAGCAAGAACAAGGCAUCUCUGAUUUACUUGGGAAAAAUGGAACUUCUGAGGAUUCCAGAGAUUUAAAAACUGAAUGUGAUUCUUGGAGUAGGAUUUCUAAUCCUGCAGCCUUUUCCCUUGUUCCGAGGAAAGCUACAAAAGGCAGCAGAGGAGAUGGACAUUUUCAGAGUCACUUUCUGCUACCAGGAGAGCAGAUACAACCAAAGCAAGAGAAGAAGGUUGGGAGAAGCAGAACUGACUUCACUGUUUUGAAUUUGGAGGAGGAGGAAGAGGAAGAUGAGAAUGAGAAAACUGAUGAUUCUAUUGAUGAGAUUGUGGAUGUAGUUUCCGACUACCAGAGUGAGGAGGUUGAUGAUGUAGAAAAGAAUAAUUGUGUAGAAUAUCUUGAGGAUGAUGAAGAACAAGUGGACAUUGAAACUGUGGAAGAGCUCUCAGAGGAAAUUAAUGUCCACAUGAAGACCCCAGCUGCCCAUAUGAUUUCUUCCAAACAGUUGUACCAUACCCAUAUCUCUGCAGAUGAGAAAACUGCUGAAAGGAGUCGAAAGGCUCCACCAGUUCCUCUAAAACUGAAGCCUGAUUACUGGAAUGAAAAAUUGCAAAAAGAAGCAGAAGCUUUUGCUUAUUAUCGCCGGACACAUACUGCCAAUGAGCGGAGGCGGCGUGGUGAAAUGAGGGAUCUCUUUGAGAAAUUGAAGGUCACAUUGGGAUUACUUCAUUCUUCAAAGGUUUCCAAAAGUCUCAUUCUCACUCGGGCAUUCAGUGAAAUUCAGGGACUAACAGAUCAGGCAGACAAGUUGAUAGGACAGAAAAACCUUCUGACUCGAAAACGGAAUAUUUUGAUACGUAAAGUAUCGUCUCUUUCAGGUAAGACAGAAGAAGUGGUUCUGAAGAAGCUAGAGUACAUAUAUGCCAAACAACAAGCAGUAGAGGCCCAGAAAAGAAAAAAGAAGAUGGGAUCAGAUGAAUUUGAUGUAUCUCCUAGAACUAACAAACAACAGGAAGGAUCUUCUACAUCAUCUGUAGAUCUCGGACAGAUGUAUAUAAAUAACAGGAGGGGCAAACCUUUGAUUCUUUCCAGAAAAAGAGACCAAGCCACAGAAAAUACCUCACCCUCUAACACUCCACAUACUUCUGCGAACCUCGUGUUGACUCCACAAGGGCAGCUGCUCACCUUAAAAGGUCCCCUGUUCUCAGGACCAGUAGUAACUGUUUCUCCUGCUCUCUUAGAAGCCAGUUUGAAGCCUCAAGUUGCCAGCAGUGCUGUGGCUCAGUCAGAAAAUGAUGACUUAUUUAUGAUGCCAAGAAUUGUUAAUGUAACAUCGUUGGCCACAGAGGAAGGGUUAGUAGAUAUGAGUGGCAGCAGAUAUCCUCAUGAAGUUUCUGACAGCAAGCCACCUGACCAUCUGAAAGAUACCAUCAGAAGUGAAAAUAACUCCUUUGAAGAUUCAAGUAGACUCUCUUCUAGAGGCAGCCAUAGAGAUGGCAGAAUGACACUGAGUCCAACACAGGUUUUUCUGGCAAAUAAAGAGUCUGGUUUUCCACAAAUAAUUGAUGUUUCCAGUAUUCAGGAAGCACCAGAGCUUUUACCUAAAAAGAUUUCUGGUGAUACAACAAGAGGGAUCCAAUAUAAAUGGAAAGAGAAUGAAUCAAGAGGGGAGAGACUGAAGCCAAAAGAAUCUCCGUUUCAUAAAUUAAAGAUGAAAGAUCUCAAGGACUCAAGCAUAGAGCUGGAACUGAGAAAGGUAGCAUCUGCUAUUGAGGAAGCAGCACUGGAUCCCAGUGAAGUGCUCACUAACAUAGAAGAUGAGGAUGACACUGAUGAGACACUGACUUCACUGCUCAAUGAGAUUGCCUUUCUUAAUCAACAACUCAAUGAUGACUCUGUUGGCCUGGCUGAACUGCCCAGCCCUAGGGGUACAGAGUUCCCAGGGGAUGUGCGACGGGCUUUUAUCAGUAAGCUUCCCCCUGGAAACAGAGGAACUUUCCAAGUUGACCACUUGGGAACUGGUUUGAAAGAGUUGCCUGAUGUGCAAGGUGGGAGCGACCCCAUCAGUCCACUCCUUUUGCACUUGGAAGAUGAUGACCUUUCAGAGAAUGAAAAACCGCUUGCAGAACCAGCCUCUGAGACAGAUGUACUUAAGAUUGUUAUUGACCCCGAGGUAAAGGAGUCCCACCUUUCCCACAAGAAAGCCAGUGAAGGAGGGAAGAAUAUAUCUAGCCUCCCUGCAGAGCCUGAAAGUGUGUCCUCACCUCCCAUCCUACACAUGAAGACUGGCCUGGAGAACAGCAGCUCAGAUACUUUGUGGAGGCCUAUGCCAAAGUUGGCACCUCUAGGUUUAAAAGUAGCUAAUCCUUCCAGUGAUGCAGAUAGUCAGAGUCUCAAGGUAAUGCCUUGUUUAGCACCUGUGGCUGCCAAAAUUGGGUCAGUUGGACACAAAACGAACUUAACAGGGAAUGACCAGGAAGGCCGGGAGAGCAAAGUGAUGCCCACGCUGGCACCUAUUGUGGCGAAAUUGGGCAACUCUGGGACCUCACCAAGUUCUACAGGGAUAUGAACUUACUUGUCCUCAGGCAGAAGCCAGGCUGUGAGGGGAAAUUGAAUCUCACCUCCUUUCUCUGUAGGCAUCUGUUUGUGUCAUGGAACUAUGAUCCUUGGCUUUCAAGAUGCAGUAAUGGAGAAAGGGGGUAGGGUGCUGACCCCAUUAUAAGAAAUUACUACUAUGAAAUUCUGAUCAUGUUAAAAUGUGUUACCUCACUUGUGGUGCUGGGUCCCCUCAUCCUCUCUAAGAAGAUGUGAUCCAUUACUGAACAUGAGGUGCCCCUCUUACCCAAGGAAUUGAUAACAAGACUCCCAGUCCAUACAGUGGUCCCUGUUUCUUCCCUCCUAGAAGAAAAGCUGCUUGAGACUUAGGAGUUGCUAUGAGCUGUAGCUGGUAGUAAAUGUGAAAUCCAAGGAAUGUUAUGUGCUUGUACAAAGGGAUCCAGAAAAGAUAGUAUUUUGGUUGGUGUUUCAAGCAUAGGGAGGAGAGAGAGAAUGGGUACCAUGAAAACCAAAGUGAAGGACUUGUGUCGUUCAGCAAAAUUUUUUCUUUUUAAUCCCACUUAGCUUCCAUUUUCUCACCAUUUCAAUCAGAAUUAUAAAUUCAAGUCUUUUGGUAAAAUAGGGAUGCUUUUAAUGUUUACCAUUAAGUUAUUUUGAGAUGUUUAAAAAAAAAAAAGUUCUCCCUUAUUGUCAAAACCCACAAAGUUUUUGAAAAGACUGUUUCAUAGUUCCAAGGAUUUCUACUUGGGAUAUUUAUUUUGGAGGUAGACAGAGAGCCCUGCCCCUUUCACAAAUUAUGUCACUUAAGAGAUAGCUCAAAUGACAGCAUUCCCUCUUCAGUCCAGAGACAGUGGCCAAAAAAAAAAAAAAAAAAGUGGAGCUGGAUGUUUCCCAAAUCAAACCAGUCUCCUGGUGCUUGAUGGUUUCAUUCACUAUUAACCUGCACAGGAUGUAAAGAAAAGAAAAGUCACAGUAGGCACUCUUUACCAGGGGAAUAAGGCAGUAUUUGAAUCACAAGAUAUAUUUUUUAUUAUCUGCUACCAUGGAUUCAAUGAUCUGUAGAGGUUUUUCACUCAUUAGCUGUCAGAGUAUGAAGGACUGACAGCCUGUAAAGAUAUUUAUAUUUUUGUAUAGUUGUUUUCAUAGAUUUCUCAAAGGCUGAAGUUUUCAACCUAGAAGAUGAGAUUUGUAUUGAGUAUAGAAAUGAUGUUUCCUAUCUAGUUUGUAAAUAAUCAUGGUGCACUUGAGGAGGGGUCUCUUGGAAACUCCUGGGGGCAAGAAUUGUUAUUCUGAAAAUGUAUAGACUGGGAUUUAGCUGCUGCAUUUUGCCUUUCUUAUAUAAUUAUAUUUUGGAAUGUAACCCCUGUUCUGUCUUCAUUGACAGGAUUUGCUUGUGUGUGAAACACUUAACACAAGAGCUUCCAGUGCCUGGGCUGUGCCUAGGUGAUGCUAUUUCUUCUACAUCCCCUGCCGCCUUUAUCCCAAAUCUACUCAGCAUAUCUUCAGACUUAGGUUGUGAGACCAACUUUGGUUAUGAUUUUAGCCAGUGAAUUACUACUUCCACGGUUGGUUCCCUGUUAACUUGAUAAUCAACAGAUUGAGAAGGAUAAGGAAAAUGCUUUCUCUGCAGAUUGCAGUGGGAGCAUAUUUUUUCUUGGUUUUGUGCUACUCAUCUUCCUAGAGCUGCUCUGAAGGUUACUGAAGAAGCUUGAAGUAGGUGUAGCACGCCCCUCAGCUUAUCAUUAUCCACCCACUUCUCUUUACCCAGCAGAUUUCAUCGAAUGCCUUAGCCAAGGAUUCCAGCUCCUUUCUCCCCUCCUAGUAAUUGUCCUUGGAGAUGCUAGUACGUUAAUCCAGGUAUAGCAGUUUCCCAUUAUAUCCUUGCUUGUCUCUUCCCCACAUUUCCUCCUGACUUCCCAAGGCUCUUGUGGCUUUUGAGGGUCAGCCAAGGAGUAGGCAAGUGAGCAAACAAUCCUCAGGAAAAGAAGGACCAUUUUAGCUUCUGAACAUGGUUUCCUUUUUUGAAAAAAAAAAUCUAUUGUUGACUGGAGGAUAUUUGGCUCUGUUUAUGAUAUACGAAGAUGGAAAUGAGAGAUGAUUCCAGGUGGUUAGGAAAAGCUGCAGAUUUUACUGCAAACCCCCAAGUUAGGGUGUUCUCAAGACCAUUUCAAAUUAGGAGUCUCAGGGUAGGUUUGAGGAAGGCUUAGUCUACAGAACAGUCCUGCAGUCUUGACAGAAAACAAAAAUCUCCAAAAAAUCCUACCCUUUAAUCUUCUCUAGGAGAAACUAAUCUAUGAAAAUUACAGGUGUGAUUAUGAAAAAUGUAGUUGAGUGAGAGAGGAGUUGAGGAAUCUAGAGGAAGUGGGCUCUCACCCUAACUCUAAGAAGCAUGAUCUCAGUAGACCAAUAAUUCGCCUUUUUAUACAUCUGUAAAUAAAUGGAAUGUUUUUAAGAAUAUAAUUGUCAAAUUUAGCUUUUUCUUUUAUAUAUUAAAUAUAUAUCUUUUCUUUUCUGCUUUUGAAAAAUGACUAUUUUUUUAGAAACCUGAGAACAGAAGAAAUGUGGCAGCUGAGAGGCGGAAUGUAUAAAUCUGAAAUAAAUCAAUUAAAAUAAUUAAAGC